UGUAUUUUUCUUUUUUUCCUCCUUUCUCUUUCGCCGUGCUGAUUGCUUUGCUUGCUCUACUUGUUAAUAUUAUCAACACCGACAUCUCGCGGGAGCAGACUAUCCUACUCCCAUUCUUUUCCUUUUCCCCUCCGACGACAAAGGUUCCAAGUAUUGCAUAAUCGCCGGCGAAUUUGGCUUCUCGGGUGUUCCUUCCCAAGUGCAUCUGAGGGCUGGCCAUUUCUCCCAGUUGAAAAAGGAACGAUGGUUUCUGCAAAUAGAGAAAUGGCUGUGUAUUGCUUUGACACACUCGUUGCUCACUAUAACAACAAGGAAGCCCCGCCUCCUGCCUUUGACGAGGGCCAACAUCCAUUGUUUGUCACUUGGAAGAAAGUGGUCAGUGGUGGUGAGCCUCGUCUACGUGGAUGCAUUGGGACUUUGGAAGCUAGAGGUUUGAUUAAUGGAUUCAAGGACUAUGCUUUAACCAGUGCUUUGAGGGACCGGAGGUUUCCUCCUAUACAGGCCAAGGAGCUGCCUUCUCUAGAAUGUACAGUGUCUAUUCUAACUAAUUAUGAGACUGCUAACAACUAUCUUGACUGGGAGGGUCCAAAACUCAGGGCAGUGAAUGUAACGUUUGAGCUAAGCAUGCAUUUUCAAGUCAAUGUUGCAGCUACUUCAUACCCUAAAUGCAAAAGGCAGUUUAUGAUAUCCUAAGAGUUGAAAAUUGAAGCGUAGUCCAAAAAAUAUUUAGAUCCCUUUGGAUAUGUAUUGUUAAACCCUUAUAACUUAUAACUGUAUGGUGGCCUUGUUUUAAAUUUCUAUAAAAAGGCCCUCUCUUUAAGCUUUUAAAAAUUUCUUGAGUCUACCAAGGAAAGUUACCUUUUUGUCCUCUUAAGAGAAUGAAAUUAUCGUAACUCACAAAUAAUCAAGUCUUACAUAUCAAUUCUGAAUGCAUGUAUCUUGUUCGAUCCUUGGACUACUAAUCCUGGUCAAAAGUUUGAGUUGCAAGUGGCAAUCAAAUUUGUCAAUUGUGUAACAGUUUUUUUUAUGAAAUUCCCUAAUAUGUUGAUGGUUUAAAGUUUGCAGUUCAACAGCAUCUGAUCACCUUUUGGAAAGAAAAUAACAAGUUCUUCAAAUGACCGUGAUUGCAGGUUGGGGUACAUGGUAUGAUUAUUGAAUUUACCGACCCUAACAGCCAUACAAGGCGGAGUGCCACAUAUUUGCCUGAAGUCGCUGCCCAUGAAGGUUGGACGAAAUUGGAGGCAAUCGAAUCGCUUAUGCGCAAAGCUAGCUACAAUGGCGUCAUCACUGAAUCACUUCGAAAGUCCAUCAAACUGACGCGUUACCAGAGCACACUUUUCACCAUGACGUACAGCGACUACGUCUCGUACGUGAAAGAAACCAGGGGGGUUACAGCUCCGGUUAUGAAUGGGGCUACUCCUAAGCUUGCCAUGUAUUGAUUCUUCUUCUUCCAAUCCAAGUAUAAUUGGGAGAAAGAAACAACUAGGCAGUCAACUCAAAAAAUGAAGGGCUUCUUUUGGUGUCAUGUCACUGCAAUUUGUAUUCAUGUUCAAAACCAACGAUGGAAAAUUUGGCAGCUGUCUGUGUGGCGCAAGGCUGGAGUUUGUUCUGUGAACUCUAGUUUUCCUGCCUGGGCUGCAAUGGCAAAUGUGAAUCUGUAUUGGGCAACCCUGUUUGUGUUCGUAUUCUGUUCGCAUUAAGCUUGUUCAGAAGCUUUUGUUGGAGUCACGUCUGUUAAUAUCUCUGUUGUUCGUCUCUGGACGAUAAGCGAUACGAUUGACUGCUUUGUAUCUUUUGUUAAAACCGAUAUGAACAGGCAUAUAAACCAAUUGUACCUCUGUUCGACAAUACCACUUACUAAAUCGGGAUAACGAUAUUAAGCACA